UAUAAUGUAAUGUAAUGGGUGCAGGGAUACAAAGAUACAAGGGAUGUAGUAUAUUUUCGUGAAAUGUGCCAAAAUAUUUUAUUUUUAAAUCAUUUCUAUUAAUUCAUUUAUAUCUUUGUAAAAUAAUUCACCCUGUUGCUAUCAUUUCGAUGUAUAUUCAACUAUUUUAUUCAAUAAAAUCUAACUAUGACAGAUCCUAACCUAUCUCGCAACUUCUUGUACAUAUGUCAAAAUGGAGACUUACCGAAAGUGCAGGCACUUGUGUCAAAGCACCAACUGCAAGAUUGGACCAUCUUCCGGCAUUCGGCUUCCGGUGAUACUGCAUUGCACGUCGCUGCGCGGGAGGGUCAUUUGAACAUUGUUCGAUACCUAUGCGAAGCUUUCGAGAAACCUAAUUUCAGAAUCGAUGUUGCCAACAAAGAUAUGAAAAGACCACUGCACGAAGCGGCUCAAUUUUCCAACGGCGAAGUUUUAAAAUAUUUAAUUAAUAAGGGUGCAACUGUAGAUUCCUUAAAGCGGGCCGAUUGGACUCCUCUCAUGUUGGCCUGCACGAAAACUGGAAGGGAGGCGCACGAAUGCAUCGCUGCGCUUUUAAACGCAAAAGCUAAUCAAUUUUUGAAAAAUAAAGACGGCUGGACGUCGUUGCACAUGGUUUGUCGUUCUGGAGAUGAAACUGCAUUCGAUUUAUUGGUGAAUGAAUCUAUUAAGUGUAUCAAUGAUCGAAGCAAUAAUGGACGCAGCGCUCUGCACAUUGCUGCGUUCCAUGGUCACGAGCGUUUAAUUGACCGACUGGUGAAGCUAAAUGCAAAUUUAUUAAGCGCGCGAGAUUCGUCAGGAUCUACUCCUCUUCAUGAAGCGACCAAAGGAAGUCAUCCAACUGUAGUAAAGAAACUUAUAAAAUUAGGAGCCGAUGUAAAAGCUACGGAUAACGUUGGCCAAACUAUUUUACACGUGGCUGCAUUGACUGGAAAUACGGAAAUUGUUAGAUAUAUUUUAGAAAAUGAUUUAAUCGAUAAAUACGCGGAGGCAUUGUUUAAUGUAACACCUUUAAUUGCGGCUCGAAGGAGCAAUCAAUUAGACGCUAUCGAAUGUUUAAUGCAACAUGGAGCUGUAACUUAAAUGAUCUUAUAAUUAAUUGUAUUGGAAAUAUUCAGAAUAAUAAAGACGAGCCAUGUUUUUUAUUCAGA